AUGGCAUCCGAGCUUGAAGUAUUGAAACAGUGUAUCACUGAACUUGAAGCUAAGAAUGCCAAGCUUGAGGCUGAGAAUGCAGAGCUUAAGAAGGAGAAUACUGAGAUCCCCAAUCUUAGAAACAAGCUCUUAGUGUUUGAUGCUAAAAUAGCUGAACUUAAGCGCAGAAAUGCCAAGGCUCUAAGAGCAAAUAAGGAAAAUAAUGAGAGGUGUGAUGUUAAGGUAAAGAAAUUAGAAGCUAGGCUCGUGAUAGUGGAACAGAAUGAUAAGGAAGUGAUACCAGAGGUGUUACCAGAGAUAUCAGCACCUAAUAAUAACACAGACAACAAGUCAUCGGAAAAUAAGAAAACAGAUUUUUUCUUAGAUGAAGUGCACAAGAAAAAGGUUAGUAAUGAGAUUAGGCAGAGGAACAGAAAAAAGAAAUUAUUGCGUGAAUCAUCUACCAAGGACUUAUCUGAAGAUGUGAGUUUACUUAAUAAACCUCCCACCUCUUCUGUAACUCAGAACAAAGAAUCUCGAUCACAUAAGAAGAAAUUAGAAGCAGAAAAUAUUGUGCAGGAUGUAUUUGAUUUUACCAUGAAUGGGUCUGAGAAAAAACAGCUAGAAGCAGAGUUAUCAAGUUCAAAUGUAUUGCAAAAUAUAAACCACUUAUAUGAGAAUGCAUGUACUGCAGAAAAUGAAAAAGUAAAGGCUAAUCAGAACCCCAACACUGAAUUACCAGAUGAUCAAGAAGGCUCUAAUAUCGAUUCCGAAGAGAAGAUUUUGGAUGAUCAAACAGAUGCAUCGGAGAUGGUUUCAGCUGAGUCACCUCUUUCUAACCAUAAAGAAGAGAGUUUAUGGAAUGAUAUAAAAGGUGAAUGGGGUGCUGGUGACUAUUAUGAAAACUUUGUCAUCUCUUAUGUUGAGGAUUCUUUCAAUAACAACGAAGAUGAUGAUAAUGAUGGUAGAGGAUAUUGCCAAAAUAAAAGCGGACCCAUGGGAACCAUUAAAUCAUAUGAUAUGACAUAA